AUGAACAGCAACAGGCAGCCCACCAGAGCCUCCAGGUCUCCCCCAGGCUAUGGAUGGGUUGAGAAAGAGGCCUUAGUUAUUAAUGACCCUGACUUCCAGCAUGAGGAUUUGAACUUCCUGUCCCGUAGCCAACGCUAUGAGCAAGCCAUCAGGAAGAGCUCUCUGAUGGUGAUGAAGUUAAGAGAAUAUGGAAUCGCCGAUCCAGAGGAGAUCUACUGGUUUAAAAGCUUUGUUCAUCGUGGACGGCCUGAGCCUCUGGACCUUCAUCUGGGCAUGUUCCUCCCCACCCUUCUCACCCAGGCAACCCCAGAGCAGCAGGAUCGCUUCUUCAUGCCUGCCUGGAACCUGGAGAUCAUUGGCACUUAUGCCCAGACUGAAAUGGGCCAUGGAACUCAUCUUCGGGGUCUAGAAACUACAGCUACUUAUGACCCUGCUACCCAGGAAUUUAUCCUCAACAGCCCCACUGUGACCUCCAUUAAGUGGUGGCCAGGUGGACUUGGAAAGACGUCGAACCAUGCCAUUGUUCUGGCUCAGCUCUACACUCAGGGCCAGUGCAAGGGGCUGCAUGCCUUCAUUGUUCCCAUACGGCAGCUGGGCACCCAUGAACCUUUGCCAGGUAUUACAGUGGGUGACAUCGGGCCAAAAUUUGGUUAUGAUGAAAUGGAUAAUGGCUACCUGAAAAUGGACAACUUCAGAAUUCCUCGGGAAAACAUGCUCAUGAAAUAUGCCCAGGUUGAACCAGAUGGCACCUAUGUGAAACCACUUAGUGACAAGCUAACUUAUGGGACCAUGGUGUUCAUCCGAUCUCUCAUCGUAGGCGAUUCAGCUCGCUCCCUGUCCCGGGCUUGUACCAUUGCCAUCCGCUAUAGUGCAGUGAGACACCAGUCUGAGCUCAAGCCAGGGGAACCAGAACCCCAGAUAUUGGAUUAUCAGACCCAACAAUACAAACUCUUUCCUCUGCUGGCAACAGCAUAUGCUUUUCACUUUGUUGGAGCCUACAUAAAAGACACCUAUCGUCGUAUUAGUGGGGACAUCAAUGAAGGGGAUCUGAGUGAGCUGCCAGAGCUCCAUGCACUGACAGCAGGGCUGAAGGCGUUCACUUCCUGGACAGUCAACACUGGUAUUGAGGAAUGUCGGAUGGCCUGUGGUGGGCAUGGCUAAUCUCGCUGCAGUGGGAUUCCUGACAUCUAUGUCACGUUCACCCCAUCCUGCACCUAUGAGGGAGAAAACACAGUCAUGAUGCUGCAGACAGCUAGGUUCCUUGUCAAAAGCUACACCCAAGUUAGUUCUGGACAGCGGGUUACUGGCAUGGUGUCCUACCUUAACGACCUCUCCACGCAACGCAUUCAGCCACAGCAUGUGGCUGCUAGAACUGUGACUGUGCGGAUCAAUGAUCCAGUCAGUUUGGUAGAGGCCUACAAAGCACGUGCUGCCCGACUUGUAGAAGCUGCAGCAAAGAAUUUGCAAGCUGAACUGAACCACAGAAAGAGCAAGGAGGAUGCCUGGAACAGAACUUCUGUUGAUCUUGUGCGAGCAUCUGAGGCACACUGUCACUACGUGAUAGUGAAGCUUUUCACAGCAAAGCUGUCUGAGAUCAGUAAUGCAGCUGUUCGUGCUGUCCUGACUGAGCUUUGUCUCCUGUAUGCACUGUAUGGGAUCAGUAAGAGCACAGGGGAUUUCUUGCAGGCGGGUAUUCUGACCGAUGCCCAAAUUACUCAAGUGAACCAGCGUGUAAAAGAGCUCUUGGCUAUAAUUCGUCCCAACGCAGUAGCACUGGUGGAUUCCUUUGACUUUCAUGAUGUUCAUCUUGGAUCUGUGCUUGGCCGAUAUGAUGGCAAUGUCUAUGAGAACAUGUUUGAGUGGGCAAAGAAAUCCCCACUGAACAAAACAGAGGUUCAUGAGUCUUUCCGCAAACACCUGAAGCCGAUGCAAGCCAAGCUGUGAAGCCUGCUGUGUUUUCAAACUGCAUACUUUUCCUGCCCUGAAAACCGGGUGUUUGUGUCCUUUCUUCAGGCACUUAAAUCAAACCUUUCAAAUCCUGAUAGCUAUAGGACAGUGAAUAAUUGUAGCCUUUCUUUCCACUUUUAUGAAUCGAGGAGGUGCUUGGGGAGAGUGCAUAGGGAUUGAUGGCUGGUUUUAAAGUGCAAUUAUAAUGGUAAAAUUAACCUUUUAAAAAAUCUGGGAAAGCUUUAUGGAUUCAUACAUGGAUUGCUUUUGUGAAGCUGCUAACUAGAGAGAAGUUACUGUCAACUGGAAAGGUAGCAGGAUUUUACUACUAAGUAGUUAACAGCCCUUAGGCAGUAGCUUCUAAUGAGCAGUUGUGUCCUCCCCCCAAGAAAGCAUCACUAUCUUGAUGGUUUUUUUCCUUUUUAAUUUUUUUUUUUUUAAGAUUAGCACCACGUCUCUCCUUGUUUGGCAAAUAUUUAUGCUAUCUAAAGCCUCCCCCAUAGUUUUGUGCAUAUGAAUCUGCAUGUGGCACUAGUUUCCUGAUGUAGCUGGGAAGUAAAUACCCAUCUUUGUCUGGAGCUCUGCUUCA